CAAUGCAAAACAAUAAAGUAAUUUCCCUUUUUAAUACAACCAAACAACAUUUUAGACACCGACUAAACUCUUCCUCGCGUUUGAUGGCUAUUCCACAGCAAUUCGUGCACUCGAUCGCCCUCUGUCGACCAGGCCAGAACAUCAUAGUUUCACUUUUGUACUACUGUUUGGCUCAUGUGCUUUUGUAAAAAGGCAAAACUAAACCACCGUGAAUCCCUUGUAAGCAGAUGGCCGGGGCGAGCAGGACCGUGCGAGUGAGCGGCAUGCCUGCACACAUUGAAGAAGAGCGGCUGAUUGAUAAAUUAGCCGUCCACUUUCUGCGCCCCAGCAAUGGCGGAGGGGAAAUAGAGUCUGUUAUCAUUGAUCGGACGAAGCCCUACAGUGCCCUGGUCCAGUUUGAAGACAGUGGAGUGGCCCAGAGAGUCUUUGAUCACGGCAGGCACACUCUCAAAGUGGACGGGAAGGACUACGAGCUUUCUGUCAGCAAGCAUUGGCAAAGCCCGGAUCCCAACAAGCUCAUCACAAGUCUAACAGCAACUGUGGACUAUAAACACUUUCCUGAGGGUAGCAGGGCAAUAACUCGUCUGCUCCGGGACCACCCCGAUGUUGAGGCAAGCUGUGACUCCGCCAAUAAGUUGUAUCGACUGUGUGGUGCCUACACCAAAGUGCAGUCAGUUUUGGCCCAGCUGCUUGACCGUCACGCAGAAGCUCUACAGUCACCGAAACGGUCAGUCGCAGGUCAGCCUUCUGUUCGUCGCGCCGAGUCGCUUACCGAGAGGGUGGACCAAAAAGAUCUUAAGGGCGGUUCUCCGAUCCCAGAGGAGGAGCUGUCAUUGAUGUUGGAUGCAGAUGUGUUCCAGUAUUUGCAGAAGCGCUAUGGCCAGGAGUACCAGCGCUUGCAGAGUCAGCAUGGCGUCAAAGUGGUGGACAUGUCCAGUCAGGGGAUUACCACGCUAUUUCUACAAGUUGUAACCCCUGAGGGUGGCAAGGAACGAAAGCGCAUCGAGCAGGCGAGGAUGGCGAUACGUGACCUUUCCCAGGAGUGUGAGAGGAGAAUCUGUCAGACGAAGCUACGAAAGUGCGACCUGGACCAUAUCGGAGACCUGCAGCAUGCGAUGGCGACUCUCCGUGUCAGAUUUCCUGAGCUUCUUCUCAAUGAAGACGACAGCUGUGUGUUCCUUAUCGGCGACUGUUGCGAUGUGUCUGAAGCCAAACAGUUUCUUCUUCAGGAGCGCCGCACGGCGGAAACUGAAAGCAUCGCCCACCGUCGUGGAAUUUCGUCUCCUCGCCAACCCGCUGCCGAGAAGCCCCUGGGCCUCUCCUCGCCUCAGUGCUCAAGGGCUCUGGAUGAUCAGGAGGAUCUCGUGCAGCCAUCGGAGAAGGAGAGAAGACCAGAAGACGGUGAAAUAUAUCAUUUAGCUGCUCCCUGUAAGGGCUCUGGGCCACCAUUACGUUCUAUUCCUGUAGAUUUGUCCUUAUGUGGAGCCUCAAAUACCAGGAAGGAACCGUUAGAAGCAACAAAAGAUCCACUUGGACAUUCGAUAAUGAGGAGUAAAACGUCCGCGGACGUUACAGCCAAAAGUACGAGACCCGUCUGGAGCACAACUCCAUUCCGUCCACCUGUAAAAAUGCACACUGGAUCCACGGCAAGGAAAACCAAGAGUUUUUCAGGAGCGACUCAGCAGGGACUUCAGAAGACUGAAGAUGAUUCGUCUGCAUCCCUGCCCAGAACCAGGACCUCCAGCCUGACUGACCCAAUACAGAGAGACCAAAAUGAAGUCUACCAUGCAGAGGUUCUGGUGCCCACCGUUAUGUGGCUCCAUAUUAAGGAGGUCUACAGGACCCAAGUUGAAGCACUGACAUGCAACCUGGAGCUAAAUGAGGUGGGUUCGCAGGACAGGAUCCAGUCGGCCAUAAGGAUUCGUGGAUCACAGCAGUCCGCCGUGACCGCUUGCCAGCACGAUUUGCAAGAGCUGGUCGAUGCCGUCAGUUCCGAUUUCUCUGUACGUGAGCUUCACCUGUCCGAGCUCAAUCUUACAAAUUUGGAAGACGAAACCUUGCAGGCCUGCUGCGCGGAAGUCCGACAGCGCUUCGCAAAGAUUACCAUCCGGAUGACAAAGAGGAGUUUGUAUCUCCUCGGUCCUAAACGCUUGUGUUAUCAGGUAGGGGCCUCGCUGCGAGAAGUAUUUUGCGCUGAUCGCGCCCAAACGAAAAACAAGAAAGGGAGGCAAAUAAGCGAGAGCCUUCCAUAUUCUGCAACGAGGAUUUCGAACCAUACGCGGGACCAAACUCAGACCGAGCUUGACAACGGUCAAAUAGCAACUAGGCGCGACCCUGUCAUCAAGGAGAAACUGGAAAGGGCAAGCAUCGGGGAUCACGACCGAGGGAAGAUAUUGGUCCACGGAACUAAGGAAAGCCCCACAAAUGUGAAUGGUGGCAGGUCACCGACAGCCAAAAGCAACAAAUCUACACUGUCUAACCAGAAAGAAGGCCUCCCAGGUGUCAUCUGUGUGUGCGGGGAGAGCGCCACCUCCAUGAAACAGACUAAGUGCGGGGUUUUUAUGUGCAUCAAUUGCCUGGACGCCGUUCACGUCAACUGCAGGGUGUGCCACAACGGAUCACCGCAACACCGGUCGCCUGUGGGCAUCCGAGGCUCGAUGAAUCACUGCAAACUCAACUUCAGUUUGCCUGGCCACAACAAGCACACCACUAUCAAGGUCACCUACGUCAUUCCUGAUGGUAUACAAGAGGUGGGCAGUUUUGAGACUGUUAAAAAAACCAAAGAUUGGGUUACUCACAGGGUUUUCCUUUUGACUUGCCAGGAUCAUCAUCCUUCUCCGGGAAAGCCUUUCCACGGUGACGUCUUUGAAGCUUUCUUCCCCGAUUGCGACAAGAGCAGGAAGCUGUUGCCCAGGCUAGAGGACGCCUUCCGGCGGGGGCUCAUCUUUACGGUGACUAGCAAGGAGAAGGGCUCCAAGGUUUGCUGGGACACUAUUCCGCACAAGACCACCUUGCAAGGCGGCCGAUCGGGGAACGGUUACCCGGAUUCUUCCUACUUGAGACGCCUGUCAGACAUCUUGACGUCACACGGGAUUGUAGAGCAAGCUUCCACAUCUUGAGAUUUCCUGUUAGCACUGCAGGUUAACAGCCCAUUUAAGAAAACAUGCACAUUUGAACCAAUCAGAGCUAACUAUCUCUGCUGAUCACAUGUCAGUAUGUCAGCUAAUUGAAUGGAUAAAUGAGUCCAGGCGUUUUGCUCUGCUGCGUGCAUUCGCACAUUGACGUGACUCAUCAUCAUCAGACUCUGAUAACUAGAGCAGCUCUGGAAACCUCCAUGCCGUCCGUGGAAUAAAAUGAAUAAUAAAUAUAGGUGGAAAUGGAUUACGCUACACAAGCACUUUACCAUGCUUGUUGUUAACACUUGUGUAUGUAAAUCUGAUGUUGGUAGACUGUUUUCUUCUUGGAGAUGAAAUGCAUGUGUGGCAGCUUAGCAUUUUUUUUUUUUACAUAGCGUUUUGACAGUUGCUGUCAUAUUUUUGGAAUCAAAGCACCGUAUAUCGGAACUGCAUUUCGGCCCUGAAUCUUAUACCGGAACUGCAUUCCUGAACGUUCUGGCCCACUUUCACCCCUGCUCAUGCCUAUACGUCUUACAUAUGACCCAUUAAAAAAUACACAUUCAUUACAUUAUUCUUGUUAUGCUUUUUUUAUUAGUCCUGGAAAACAUGUAAGGCAUAUGGUAACAUUACACACUGAAGCGUUACAAGCUGUAGAGGCUCACGCAGAACCCACCCAGAGUCGAGCACAGAAAGAAGCAGCAUUAAUAUAAAAAAAAACAUGUUUUUAAUUAAAAAAAAAAAAAAAAGACUAAAGUGGUUUUGAUGAGAGUUGCCAUUUUUUUGUAGGAGGGGGUACAAACAAAGCUACACGAUACACGCGAAAAUCACGUUUCAGGGAAGCAUGUGUGGUGUGUGAGUGUUUUGGUGCGGGGACGGGUAUGAGAGGCGGCACAUUCCAAGAAUUAGGUGGCUGCCCAUGCUGAAGGCUUUCGCUUGGCAACUUGACACGUGACUUAGCGGGCGUUCUUCCUCAAACCACACCACCACACGAGCACUAAACUAAGCUGUACAUAUACAACAUACACACUGUUACAUUUUUUUUCCAACUAAACAUGCAUCCUAGUACUGUACAAGAUCAGCCAAUAACUUGAACUGAGGCCGCCUCGCCGUUUUUCUGCCAGGCGAGAAUGGAAACGGGACGUGGAAUUUGGGAACGCUUCCACUGACGGGACGUGGACGUGACGGAUUGUGCUGUAAAUCGAGUGAAAACUGUUGGAAGGACCUGAGAAACCACAUUAACAGAAAGCCGGCAUCUGCUCCAGAGGCCAAAAAAAUAAAAGGAAUGCAAUUGGCUGCUCGUCGUCUCAGUGCAUUUUUGUCCCCGCUUUCCUCGCCACGCUCACUUUGAAAAAAGAGGAUGUGACAUCCAGAAGCAAAACGUUUGCUCAGAAACUUUCCUCCUGUUGCAUAAGUGUCUGGAAAUGCUGCGAAGAUGUCGCAGAAAUGAGCGGAAACGCUAAAAGCAGUUGAUAUACAGUACAGCACUGUGAUAAAAUGCCUUAGGUCAUCACUUGUCAUGCUAGGUCUUCGGCUAGCAUUGCUAACGCUAAGGUAUUACAGUGUUUUGAAGAUGUUUUGCACGCAUGAUUUGUGUAAACCAUAGACUUCAUAAUGAUAUUGACGGGUCAGAUUCGACCUUCGCUGCGCAGUCAAGUCACAGCGAUCCCUAAAUGUCCAAAUUGAGUACUGCUUGUCAUUUUCCCUCCAAAAUGUCAUGUGAGUUGUUAGUGUUACUAGGACCAAGUGUGCAUAGGGAGCAGGUGUGUUCAAAUUUGUAGUGCAGCUCUCACUCUCUCUCAUACUGGUCACUGAAAGUUCCAACAUGGCAAAGAACUCUCUGAGGAUUUUAAAAGACGUAUUGUUUCGCUACAUGAAGAUGUCCAAGGCUACAAGAAGAUUACCAACACUCUGAAACUGAGCUGCUGCCCAGUGGCUAAGAUCAUCUGGCAUUUUAAAAGAGCAGGGUCCACUCAGAACAGGCCCCGGGUAGGUCGUCCAAAGAAGCUGAGCGCACGUGGCGAGCGCCACAUCCAAAUGCUGUCAGCAUUGCUGCAGAGAUUGAAGAGGUGGGGGGUCAGCCUGUUAGUGGUCAGACCGCACUCUACAUCAAAUUAGCGUGCGUGGCUGUCACCCCAGGAGUAGGUCUCUUCUGAAGAAAGCCCGCAAACAGUUUGCUGAAGACAUGUCAACAAAGCACAUGGAUUACUGGAACCAAGUCGUAUGGUCUGAUGAGAUGAAGAUUGUUUGGUUCUGAUGUUCUUGAGCGUGUGUGGCGGCGACCAGGUGAGGAGUACAAAGAUAAGUGUGUUAUGCCUACUGUCAAGCAUGGUGGUGGGAAUGUCAUGGUCUGGGGCUGCAUGAGUGCUGCAGGCAGAGAUGGGAAUCGAGAACCGGUUCCUAUAGAGAUCCAGGUGUUUCAAUUCCAUGGAAUCAUUUGGCAGUUUAUCUAACGAUUCUCUUAUCAAUUCCAACCAGCACGAAUUGCGUCACGUAACUUCUGUGUUCUCCACUGCUGGAGACGCCAUAAGUCCAGAAAGAUCACUUGAAAAAGCAGACAUGCAUAUUUUUCUGCAAAAGAAUUCUUAAUUUUACACAUGUGCACUACGUACUGUUCUGUUGCAUUUGACAGUAUUUUUCUUUUUUUAUUAUUUUUGAGUGGUAUCAGCUGAUAUGUCCUUUUAAAAAGGAGGAUAUUUUAUUACUAUUAGAAAAAUGGUUCAGUAAAAUGUUACACAUUCUUAUGGCUUUGGGCCUCUUUUGACCUUGUUGUGAGUUUGUAAGGUUGUGACUUCCGAUUAAACAAACUCGAUGCCAAUUAAAAUAUUUGUUCUUCUUUUUACCCAAAUUAGAAUCGAUAAAGAAUCGAAUCAUUAAGCAAUAUCAAUAAUGGAAUUGUAAAAAUCGUAUCAAUUCCCAUCCUUAGCUGCAGGUGUUGGAGAGUUACAUUCCACUGAGGGAAACAUGAACUCCAACGUGUACAGUGAAAUACUGCAGCAGAGCAUGAUCCCCUCCCUCCAGAAACUGGGUCGCACGGCAGUGUUCCAGCAUGACAAUGACUUCAAACACACCUCCAAGAUGACCACUGCUUUACUGAGGAGGCUGAGGGUAAAGGCCAAGCGUGUCUCCAGACUUGAACCCAAUAGAACAUCCUCAAGCGGAAGUUGGAGGUGCGCAAAGUCUCAAAUAUCCGGCAACGUCGUCAUGGAGGAUUCCAAUGGCAACCUGUGAAGCACUGGUCAACUCCAUGCCCAGGGCAGUUCUGGGUAAUAGUGGUGGCCACACAGAAUAUUGACAGUUGACAUGUUUAAUAUUGACAACUUUCACUAAGGGGUGUACUCACUUUUGUUGCCAGGGGUUGAGAUGUUAAUGGCUAUAUUUUGAGUUAUUUUGAGGGGAAAAUAAAUGAACUCUAUUAUACCGUAUUGGCCCGAAUAUAAGACGGCCCAGAUUAUAAGACGACCCCCUCUUUUUCAAGACUCAAGUUUAAAAAAAAAAACAACUUUUUGAACACCAAAUUAAUUUUUAUACAGAAAAUAUAUACAGUACAUCCAAAACAAAUGAUUAUAACAAUAUAUUUGAGGGAAAACGCUUGUUAUUUUGCCUCAUUCAAAUCUUAACAUCUGAACAUUUAAAUAUGUAAACUAAAGUGCAAUCACAUUCGUAAAUGAAUGGCUUCGGGUUUUUGAAAUGUAAGUAAACCAAUCUAUUGUGACAAAACAACAAAAUUGCAAUAACUGCAUUAGCCAUCAAAGUGAAGUCUAAAUGUAACUGUAGUCCUGAAACAAAUCGGAAUAAGGAAAAACAUUGCAAUAAUGCAAACUGGUUAAACUUGAGAGUAGCGAAGAUCUGUCAUGACAGAACAUCGCUUCAAUGAUAUCUGGCGCCAUCUAGCGUCGUGAAUGGGUAUAAUGGCUACACGGCGAAUAUAAGACGACUCCUGCUUUUUCAGCCUUAUUUCAUUACAAAAAACAUCGUCUUAUAUUCGGGACAAUACGGUACUUAAAUAUCUGCAGAAAUGCAAGGGGUGUACUCACUUUUUGUGAUACACUGUAGCAUGAGGGACAAAGGCGACCGUGUCCCCCCCUUAGCAACAGUUGCUAACAUCAUGAAUAUUAAUGAGCGGAAGUGACGUGCAGCGUGCGGUACGCUGUUGGAGAGCGUUUACCUGGUGUAAAACAUUUGAAAAAUGUAUUCUAUUAAACAAAGAAGACAAAACUUGACACAAUGGUGGCCUAAGACAUUUUAGCACAGUGUUGCACAUUGAUAGAUGGACCCACUAAGUUUCCCUUCCAUUUCCAGAUGGUAGCUUGUGUUUUUUGAACCGGGAUCAGAAGUAAGGCUGUCGCGUCCGGUUUGGCCGACCGGGCCCGAAACGACAUCUGCUCGCUCGCUUGCCGCACGAGUUCACGAAGGAAAGCAACGAAGUAACCCCCCCGUCCCUUCCGCUUGCCUUAGGAGUGACCUCGUCUAGCUCCUUCUCACUGUGACGUGGUUGUAAACACAUGGGCGGGUCACAGCGACCGCGUAUUGGAGCUGGUAGAGCACAGUGAAAAGGAUGUUGCUGUGUAGUUAAGGGACGGACUGAGGUAAGCUGUGUGCAAGGAAGGAGGAGUAGGCACACUUGGAGCCCACGAGCGACAAACAAAAGCCAGGAAAAACCAACUAACUAAAAACAAUCUUCUCUCGGUGCACAUAUUUGGGAUAUUUGUCAGACGCACAUUGUAUUUUGUCUUCUUCUGAGAAGGAUGGAAACGCAUCCAACACCACAAUUCAUACUGUGUAUAUAUAUUUUUUGUAUGCGCUGUAAAUAUUCAAAGCAUUGACAAGAGGAAUAUACAUUGUCAUUUGGCACACGUGGUUUGGACAAAAAAGACACAGCUUUUAUAAUUAAAAGGGUCUCCGACACUCCAAACAAACAAA